GCAGAGAUGUGAUGAUGGAUCAUCAUGUUUCCACCAUCAAGCCUCGAAGAAUCCAAAACCAAAACGUCAUUCACCGCUUGGAACGCCGGCGGAUCAGUUCAGGCAGGGCGGGCACCCACUGGCAUCAGGUCCGAGUGUUUCACCAGAAUGUCUUCCCCAACUUCACAGUCGUCAAUGUUGAAAAGCCUCCUUGUUUCUUGCGAAAAUUCUCACCUGAUGGACGCUACUUUAUUGCUUUCUCUUCAGACCAGACAUCUCUCGAAAUCUAUGAGUACCAGGGCUGCCAGGCAGCCGAGGACCUACUGCAGGGCUAUGAGGGGGAGAUCCUGUCCAAUGGCAAUGACCAACGGUCAGUCAACAUCCGCGGCCGGCUCUUUGAACGCUUUUUUGUCCUGCUGCACAUUACCAACGUAGCGGCCAAUGGUGAGCACCUGAACCGGGAGUGCAGCCUCUUCACUGACGACUGCCGGUGUGUCAUCGUGGGCUCAGCUGCCUACCUCCCUGACGAGCCUCACCCACCUUUUUAUGAGGUAUAUCGGAACAGUGAAUCCGUGACCCCCAACCCACGGUCCCCUCUGGAGGACUAUUCCCUCCACAUCAUUGACCUUCACACUGGCCGCUUAUGUGACACACGCACCUUCAAGUGUGAUAAAGUGGUCCUGUCACACAACCAAGGGCUGUACUUGUACAAAAACAUCCUGGCCAUCUUGUCAGUGCAGCAGCAGACCAUCCAUGUCUUCCAGGUGACCCCUGAAGGCACUUUCAUUGACGUGAGGACCAUUGGCCGCUUCUGCUAUGAAGAUGACCUCCUCACUGUGUCAGCAGUUUUCCCUGAGGUGCAGCGGGACAGUCAGACAGGCAUGGCCAGUCCUUUCAGAGAUCCCUUCAUCAACUCCCUGAAACACCGGCUGCUCGUGUACUUGUGGCGCCGGGCAGAACAGGAUGGUAGUGCAAUGGCCAAGAGGCGCUUUUUCCAGUAUUUUGACCAACUGCGGCAGCUGCGCAUGUGGAAAAUGCAGCUUCUGGAUGAAAACCAUCUGUUUAUCAAGUAUACUAGUGAGGAUGUAGUAACGCUGCGGGUCACAGAUCCAUCACAGGCGUCUUUCUUUGUGGUGUACAAUAUGGUGACAACAGAGGUGAUUGCUGUGUUUGAGAAUACGUCAGAUGAGCUUUUAGAGCUCUUUGAGAACUUCUGUGACCUAUUCCGUAAUGCUACCCUGCACAGUGAAGUCCAGUUUCCCUGCUCAGCUUCCAGCAACAAUUUUGCAAGGCAGAUCCAGCGCCGGUUUAAAGACACUAUUGUCAAUGCCAAGUAUGGAGGGCACACGGAGGCAGUACGCCGGCUGCUGGGUCAGCUGCCCAUCAGCGCCCAGUCUUACAGUGGUAGCCCCUACCUCGAUUUGUCUCUCUUCAGCUACGAUGACAAGUGGGUGUCGGUCAUGGAGCGGCCCAAGACUUGUGGAGAUCACCCUAUCAGGUUCUAUGCCCGGGACUCUGGUCUGCUCAAGUUUGAGAUCCAGGCAGGCUUACUAGGCCGCCCCAUCAACCACACAGUGCGACGCCUUGUUGCCUUCACCUUUCACCCUUUUGAGCCUUUUGCUAUUUCCGUGCAGAGGACUAAUGCUGAGUAUGUUGUCAACUUCCAUAUGCGACACUGCUGCACGUAGGUGCCUCACCAAAGCCAGGUUAUCUGGUCUUCCAAGACUUUGCCUUCUUCUUAUCUCUGGACUGUAAAGCAAAAGCUCCUGACUACCAGCUUUGUUGGUUCCAGACUGGUAAACCUCAGAUGGGAGAGCCGGAGAGAGGAGCGAGGGUGGCUCAGCUAAUGGAAUUUUUUAUUGUAUACAAGAAAACUACUGAUUGACUUAAAGUCCUCUUGCCUUUUCCUGUGGGAAUGCCCAGGAUUAAUAAGUCCAUUUAAUUUUUGUUUUAUUUUGCAUUUUAUUGCUAUGAAGAUGAGAGCAUUACACCUUUACCCCCCUCAUGUCCCUUCUUUGGCAUUAUGGUAUGCAACCUGAAGCAGGUAAAUCUUGUUUACUCAUGAGAUCUGUGUAUAUCCUUCCCGCUUAGCCAACAAGCAGGGCUAUCUUUAUAAGAAAAAACAAUAAAGCCUUGGUAUUUUCUUACUUAAAUA